AUAUUCGUCGACUGCUCGACCCUACAUCGCAAUGGCCGGGAUCGUCUGCUAAAAAGCGUCCGCUGGGUCAUUCAGUUUAACUAAUGAUACCGAGUUUUCUUUAGAAUAAAUAAUAGAAUGUUGAGGUCAGCAGUGCGGUUUCUGGCUUCUCCUUGUAUCAGGAAUAAGCUUGUCUUUCAGAAUCCUCUGAGAGAAACAACAACCACUUUAAAUAUAUCUCGAAACCUUCACGCGACCGCGAAAUGUCAAAAAGCUGAAGACAAAAAGGCCAUGCUCGCCUCUCUUCCUCCAAAAGAUGAGGGAACAGCAGGAGAGAAAUCGAUACAAAUUGAUCAAAUCAUGUCAAAAACAGAAAUAUUCCCCGAUGAAAACACACCGUUCAAGCUCUUCGAUGGCACGCCAUUCAAAGACCUGCCUAUUUGCAACAUCCGGGUCUCGCCCAACAACACUAUUAUCACUAUUUCUGAUGGAAAAGGAGAAGUACACAUGCUACAUUCCGCCGGUAUCGAAGGUUUCAAAAAUGCUCGAAAAGGAACUAAUAUUGCUGCUCAAGCCACUGCCACAAACCUCAGUAUCAGAGCUAUCCAGAAAGGGAUCAAAACUGUCCGAGUCCGUGUUCGUGGUAUAGGUCCAGGCAGAAUGUCUGCAAUUAAAGGCCUACAAAUUGGAGGAAUGAACAUCGUUUCUAUUACCGACAGCACACGAGUAUCUUGGAAUCCACCGAGACCAAGAAAGCAAAGGAGAUUGUGAGGUACUCAAAUAUCCGAACAAAAAAAAAACAUCGUAGGAAUCAUCAUGCAGCAUCAAUUAUUUUAUUUUUCAUAAAAUUGCAUCACUCUUUCAGCAACGAUUGUAACUACGAUUUUUAUCCACAUUAUUGUUUAUUAUUUCUUCGAAUAAACGUGCCAGAGUAUUGCAAAAUAA